UCUUUGUACGGUAAACGAUUCAAUUGAUUUAGAUCCAACGGCUAAAUCCAAAGGGAUUCUCUAACAGUUACAGAUGUCAAAUAACACAUAUACCAAAAAAUUUCCCAACUUGGGCCCAAAAUUUCGCUAAUUCCUUGUUUCCCUCUCAUUCUCUGUCUCUCUCUUUUUUGGAAACCCUAAUUUCGCCAGCCAGCUCGAAGAGGGUGUGUGUGUGAUCAAUCUAAUCCAAAAAGCAGCAUUUUUCAGGUUUCUCGGUGAAAGUUUUAAGCUCUAUUUAUUUUAUUUUAUUUGGGGGUUACUGCUUUUUGUCAACAAACAUCCAUUGGUUGGUUGUUGUUAUUAUAAUCUCUGAAUCUGCGGUUGUUGUGGGUAUCUCUGUGCAUGCGUGUAACUCGGCUUUGAGGAUCUCUGAUUCGUAGUUAAGUUAGAAAAAAAGUUGGAAUUUUUAGGUUACCCAGAUCUUCUUCUAUAGUGGCUUUAGGGGAUUGGAAUAGAAAGAUCGGAUUUUGAUUUAGAAACCAUGGAUGGGAAUGCUGGUAACUACACUGAUAAGACGAGAGUGUUGGAUAUCAAACCAUUGCGUACUCUAAGACCUGUUUUCCCCAGUGGAAAUCAAGCUCCGCCCUUUGUGUGUGCACCUCCUUUUGGACCAUUUCCACCUGGCUUCUCAUCUUUUUAUCCGUUUACUUCUUCUUCUUCUUCUCAAACGAAUCAACAUACACCAGAUCUUAAUCAAGCUCAGUAUCCACCAAUCAGCAGCCUCAGAAUCCACCUGUAUAUCAGCAGCAGCCUCCUCGGAAUGUAUCUGAGCCUUCCAUGGUUACUCCUCUCAGGUCUUUCAGAUCUCCUGAUACCUCUAAUGGCAACAUGGAACAGGACCUUGAGGGGUUGACCGUGAAAAGAAAGAUCCCUAAGAAACGUGCAAUUGCAAAUCCGAAUUUCGAGAGUGGGAUUAGCAUCUCUGAUAGAGAGAAUGGUAAUAGGGAUUUGGUGGUGAGUGUUCUUAUGCGGUUUGAUGCUUUAAGAAGAAGGUUUUCACAACUGGAGGACGCCAAGGAAGCUGUUAGCGGUAUUAUCAAACGGGGUGAUUUGAAGUCAGGAUCUAUCUGUAUGAGCAGUGGGGUCCGGACGAACACCAAGAAAAGACCUGGUAUUGUCCCUGGUGUCGAGAUUGGGGAUAUAUUCUUCUUCAGGUUUGAGAUGUGUUUGGUGGGUUUACAUUCUCCAUCAAUGGCUGGGAUUGACUAUUUGGUUGUUAAGGGUGAAACGGAAGAAGAACCUAUCGCCACUAGCAUUGUGUCAUCUGGAUAUUAUGAUAAUGACGAAGGUAAUCCCGAUGUUCUGAUCUAUACUGGUCAGGGUGGUAAUGCUGAUAAAGAUAAGCAGUCAUCUGACCAAAAGCUUGAAAGGGGUAAUCUUGCCUUGGAGAAGAGCUUGCGUAGAAAUAGUGCAGUUAGGGUAAUAAGGGGCUUGAAAGAGGCUUCUCACAAUGCUAAGAUCUAUAUUUAUGACGGACUCUAUGAGAUCAAAGAGUCAUGGGUAGAGAAAGGAAAAUCUGGUCACAACACCUUCAAGUAUAAAUUAGUGAGAGCUCCUGGUCAACCUCCUGCGUUUGCUACAUGGACUGCAAUCCAGAAAUGGAAGGUGGGUGUGCCUUCAAGGCAAGGACUCAUUCUUCCGGAUAUCACUGGUGGGAUCGAAGGUAUACCUGUUUCACUUAUGAAUGAAGUUGAUACCGAUAAUGGGCCUGCUUAUUUCACCUACUCGAAAACAGUGAAUUACUCGGAGUCGUUUAAGCUAACACAGCCUUCUUUUGGCUGUGAUUGUGCCAACUCAUGCAAGCCAGGGAACUUGGACUGUCACUGCAUAAGGAAAAAUGGAGGUGAUUUCCCCUACACGGGUAAUGGAGUUCUAAUUAGCCGCAAGCCUAUGAUAUUUGAAUGCAGUCCAUCUUGCCCAUGCUCGACUUGCAAAAACAAGGUGACUCAAAUGGGAAUAAAAGUGAGGCUGGAAGUUUUCAAGACAGAGAAUAGAGGAUGGGGAUUGCGCUCAUGGGAUGCUAUUCGUGCUGGUUCGUUUAUAUGUAUAUAUGCAGGUGAGGCAAAAGACAAAUCGAAGGUGCAGCAAACUAUUGCUGACGAUGAUUAUACCUUUGAUACAACCCGUGUCUAUAACCCUUUCAAGUGGAACUAUGAGCCUGUCUUAGCCGAUGAAGAUGCUUCUGAAGAGAUGUCUGAAGAAUCUGAAAUGCCGCUGCCGAUGAUAAUCAGUGCUAAGAAUAUUGGGAACGUUGCCCGGUUCAUGAAUCACAGUUGCUCCCCUAAUGUUUUCUGGCAGCCAGUUACUUAUGAAAAUAACAGUCAACUCUUCGUGCAUGUCGCCUUCUUUGCCAUAUCUCACAUCCCUCCACUGACUGAGUUAACUUACGACUAUGGAAUCUCUAGACCAAGCGGGACUCAAAAUGGCAAUCCUUUAUAUGGCAAAAGGAAAUGCUUUUGUGGAUCAGAGUAUUGCCGUGGCUCAUUUGGAUGAUGAUGGCUAGAAUAACGAUAUAUGGUGAACAACUGGAGUCGGAUGUUUUUGGUUGCAAAAGCUGGAGUGUUGAGUUCUGAUCGGUGGAAUCGAGUGCUUUUUGGUGGCAACUAGAGUUUUAAGUCUCUUUGAUCUUCACUUCAACAGCAUAAGACGCAAGCUGUGAAGUAAUUUUACUGCUGCUCUAGCAAAAACCUUAUCUAUUUCUCGGAUUGUGGAUAAUGGGCACCUCAUGUUUUUCUCAUGUAAUCUUAUUAUUAGAUUAGUGUUCAAAUCGGUUGAAGGACAAAUCUCUGGAAACUCUUAUCCUUUUUUGAUUAAAGAGUAUAUGAAUGUGAUAAAAGGGUACGAGUCAAUCA